GGACGCCCGGCCAACGGCGGCGGCGGCGAGUCCGCGGCCCUGCCGGGAGGGAAAGCGACGCCGCGGUCUUUCUGGGCGACGCGGAGAGCAGUUCCAGAGAACUGCUGGUUUAUAUUUUAGCUCUUGCCAAGUUGUGAAAAUAGUGAAGGAUGCAUAGACUACUUAACAUUCAAAUUGCUCUCUGGUUAAUCAUCUUUAGAAGAAUGGAUUUCUGGAUAUCUACUCCACUCCUCUAUUGACUUUUAAGACAUGAUAAUGCAAACCUAUAACACUGGCAAUCAUCCAUGAACCUUUAAUUGUACUGAUUAAUAGCGUUUCACGCUUCCUCAGGGAAUAAACAAUGACAUCAGCAGUGGUUGACAGUGGAGGUUCUGUUUUGGAGCUUUCCAGCAGUGGAGUAGAAAAUCAAGAGGAAAGUGAAAAGGUUUCUGAAUAUCCAGCAGUGAUUGUGGAGCCUGUACCAAGUGCCAGAUUAGAGCAGGGCUAUGCAGCCCAGGUUCUGGUUUAUGAUGAUGAGACUUAUAUGAUGCAAGAUGUGGCAGAAGAACAAGAAGUUGAGACCGAGAAUGUGGAAACAGUGGAAGCAUCAGUUCAUAGCAGUAAUGCACACUGUACAGAUAAGACAAUUGAAGCUGCUGAAGCCCUGCUUCAUAUGGAAUCUCCUACCUGCUUGAGGGAUUCAAGAAGUCCUGUGGAAGUGUUUGUCCCUCCUUGUGUAUCAACUCCAGAAUUUAUCCAUGCUGCUAUGAGGCCAGAUGUCAUUACAGAAACUGUAGUGGAGGUGUCAACUGAAGAAUCUGAACCAAUGGAUACCUCUCCUAUUCCUACAUCACCAGAUAGCCAUGAACCAAUGAAAAAGAAAAAAGUUGGCCGUAAACCAAAGACCCAGCAAUCACCAAUUUCCAAUGGGUCUCCUGAGUUGGGUAUAAAGAAGAAACCCAGAGAAGGAAAAGGAAACACAACCUAUUUGUGGGAGUUUCUUUUAGAUCUACUUCAAGAUAAAAAUACUUGUCCCCGGUAUAUUAAGUGGACUCAGAGAGAAAAGGGCAUAUUCAAGCUCGUGGAUUCAAAGGCUGUCUCUAAGCUUUGGGGAAAGCAUAAGAACAAGCCAGACAUGAACUAUGAAACCAUGGGACGAGCUUUGAGAUAUUACUACCAAAGGGGUAUUCUUGCAAAGGUUGAAGGACAGAGGCUUGUAUAUCAGUUCAAGGAUAUGCCUAAAAACAUAGUGGUCAUAGAUGAUGACAAAAGUGAAACGUGUAAUGAAGAUUUAGCAGCAGCUACUGAUGAAAAAUCAUUAGAACGAGUGUCACUGUCCGCAGAAAGUCUCCUGAAAGCAACCUCUGUUCGUGGUGGGAAAAACUCAUCUCCUCUAAACUGCUCCAGAGCAGAGAAGGGUGUAGCUAGAGUUGUGAAUAUCACUUCCCCUGGUCAUGAUGCUUCAUCCAGGUCUCCUACUACCACCACAUCUGUAUCAGCAACAGCAGCUCCAAGGACAGUUCGUGUGGCAAUGCAAGUUCCUGUUGUAAUGACAUCGCUGGGUCAGAAAAUUUCAACUGUGGCAGUUCAGUCAGUUAAUGCAGGUGCACCAUUAAUAACCAGCACUAGUCCAACAACAGCAACCUCUCCAAAGGUAGUUAUUCAGACAAUCCCUACUGUGAUGCCAGCCUCUACUGAAAAUGGAGAAAAAAUCACCAUGCAGCCUGCCAAAAUUAUCACCAUCCCAGCUACACAGCUUGCACAGUGUCAACUGCAGACAAAGUCAAAUCUGACUGGGUCAGGAAGCAUUAACAUCGUUGGAACCCCACUGGCUGUGAGAGCACUUACUCCUGUUUCCAUAGCCCAUGGUGCACCUGUAAUGAGACUAUCAGUGCCUGCUCAACAGGCAUCUGGCCAGACUCCUCCCCGAGUUAUCAGUGCGGUCAUAAAAGGGCCAGAGGUUAAAUCAGAGGCAGUGGCAAUAAAGCAGGAACAUGAUGUGAAAACUUUGCAGCUGGUACAAGAAGAAAAACCUGCAGAUGGAAAUAAGACAGUGACCCACGUAGUGGUUGUCAGUGCGCCUUCAGCUAUUGCCCUUCCUGUAACGAUGAAAACGGAAGGACUAGUGACAUGUGAGAAAUAAAAUAGCAGCUCUGCCCUUGACUUUAGACUGUUAGUGAUAGUACUAACAUAAAUAUUUGCAAGGGAUGCCAUCAAGAAAAGUCAAAAGGAGACUUUAAAACAUUUUUAAUGCAUAUAGGAAAACAAUCAAACUUACUGGAAAUAAGUUACCUAUCCCAUGUUUCAGUGGGAAAUGAACUACAUAUUGAGAUGCUGACAGAAAACUGCCUCUUACAGUAGGAAACAACUGAACCCAUCAAUAAAAAGGAUUGAAAGGGACCAAGCAACUCACUACAAUAUCAAGUUACACUAAGACUUGGAACACUAAUGUUCUGUAAGAGGUUAUAGUUUUCAGUGGGGAGGGGUUGGGAUGGGUGAUCUCAUUGUUACAUAUAGCAAUUUUUGAUGCAUUUUAUAUGCAUACCAGCAAUUAUUACUGUGUUCACACAGAACUCACUUAACUGGUGCUAUGUGAAGACUCUGCUAAUAUAGGUAUUUUAGAAUGUGAAUUGAAGAAUGGAUCCAAAAGCUUCAGAAAGAGGAUAGCAAAAAAGAUCUAGUGCGAUUUUUUUUUUUUUUUUUUUAAUAUCAUAUAGCUUAAGCUGAUUUAAAACAAAGGCCUUAGACUAAUUUUCGGUUUUCUUUAUUGAAAUAAGCUAAUGGCUUGUUUGUGUAAAGCUUUUUUUAUUAAAAGAAUUUUAAAAAUCUUGUACCUAGCACAGUAUUGUUAUAGAAUUUACAUGUAACAUUUUAUAUGGUAGUUUAAGUCUGUCAGUUUCUUAAUUGUGGACAAAUUAACAGUUGGCUCUGGCCUUUUGCUGUAACAUGCCUGUGUCACUCACUUAGCCCUGUCAUCUGUGCAGACAUCAGUUUCAGUUCUCCUGUCACUUGGAAGUUAAGGCUCAGCAUGAAUUUUUGUCAGGUAAUUCUUAAUACCUGGAGUUUUCUUUCUUUUUUCUUUUUUUUUUUUUAGUUGAAGUUUAAGAGGGAAAGUACCAGUGUUCAGAUUUGAACUAUAAUAGUUUGUAUAUUCAACAUUUGAAGUAUAUUCUAUUUUGUUGUACUCUUGUUUCAAAGUGUAUUCAAGUAGGUUUUCUGAAAUAUAGAAAUUUAUCUUGCAUUUUGGUCUCUGGUGAUAUUUAUAACUAUUCAAAAGCUAGUAGAGACAUCAUUUUAGUUAAGAAGUCCUGCUUCUCCUUCCCAGCUACUGCGUAAGAAAUCCUACUUCUGUUUUGUUCUUUUAUGUUACUAUUUGGCAAAUACCUGCAAGUAGCCACUUUCUAAUUACUGUCGUGAACUAUAAUGUUCUACUUAUCAUAAUGAAUUUGCUAUUUUAAUGUUGGCCACACUUAAAGAAUUUAUAUUUUAAAUCAAGACCAUUUGUUUCUCAAUCAUACUUUUUGAGGGUUAAGAAGAACAAGUAAUACUCUGGCCCUUUUACAAAUGAGGAAGUGGAGGUACCAGAGGGAUUACAUGAGUUUCUGAAUUUCACACCAGACUAGGUCGUGUAACUCCACAUCUUAAUGCUUUCUACUACAAAAGAAAAGUUGUCUAUUUUUACAUCUUUUAGAAAUUUAAAUAAAUUGAAACAAUAUUUUGUGGCCUUUAAAUUGUACAUUCCUUCUGAUACUAAAGUUGACAAAGAUUUUUAUAACCACUCCCUUUUGUAAUCUUUUAUCUUUUCCAUAAACAUUCCUGAUGGUACUUUAAUAAAAGCUCAAAGAAAAACUCACCUGAUUCUUACCCCAUUUGAGAGUUAAUCUCAAAUUCUAUCUCUUUAAACAUUUCCUACUCUAUGCUUUGGCAAUUAACUGCAUUCUUUUCUAAAAAAUUUAUUGUUGAAAGUACUGCAGAUGUUCUCCCCCUUUUCCCCAAACGGACCCUCUCCACCCCACUCCUGCCCCCCCAGGCGUUCACUGUGCCCAUGGGUUAUGCAUAUAUGCAUAUAAGUCCCGCUCUUCCCGCUCCUCCACUUCCCCAGUUGUAUUCUUUUUUGCACUGCAGUUCCAUUUGUUGAGUCAUGUCUUCCAUAAUACUGUUGUAGGGCAAAGAUUAUAGAUUCUACCUUAUCUACACCCCUCCCCAAGUGCUGAGCAUAUUGGACAUGGACAUUUAUUGAUUUUGGUAACGUUUGCUAAGAAUAUAAGUCAUUCUGUGGAGGACAGCUAAAGAAACUUAAAUUUUUAGUUCUUUUCCCCUGUGCUGUAUUAAUUGGUUCUAAUUAGGUGAAACCAGGGCUACCUAGCUUCCUCCACCACUCUACCUGAACACUUUUGUGUACCUCUUUCAGAAUAAGUACACCUAUGGUCUAAAUUUGGAAACAUAUUGACAACAGUAUACAUUGACUGGAGUGUGUCUGGUGAUGGACAUUACCAGUUGUAUGGCUUUUAAUCUCAACCCUUUUGAACUGUAAAUCAUACUUGCUUUUUGUGUCCAGUAUAUUGGAGAACUACCUAACGAUAGCUUAAUUAAUCUAGUUUCCAGCCUCACCAGGCUUUUGAACAGUGACUAAUCAGCAGUCUGUCCAUUUAUUCCUCAGGUAAUCUAGCAACAAUUCUAGCCUUCACCACCCUGCUUACCAAAUGACCAGUACACCACUUUACAGAGAACAGGGAGGUCAUGAGCUGUAAACUCCCCCACUUUCAGGAACCCUUGCUAUAGGACUAUUUAUUCCAGCAUGUAUUGUUACCUAUCUCUGGAGGGAGGGAGGCAGGUGUGCCUUCUUCCUGUACUAGCAUCUCCUCCCCUUUCUCACCUACUUGGUUUCCUUGUUCCAUCAUUCUUGAGUAACUUGAAGUCUGAAUUCUGGCUUAGAAACAGUUCUUGUUGAGUGGUUAAAUCAAACAGAUACUUUAUUGGUUAAGUCAAACAGAUACUUUAUUUUUAUAUAUUUUUUUCAUAUGAUCUUGUGCCUCAACCUCCUUAAAAUUCUCUUGGUUUUCCAUAACGCCCCUCUUGCAGUUUAUCUCCUGCCUGACCAACUCUUCUUAGUUCAUUUCACUUUCUCCUUCAGCUUUCCCAUUUAAUGUCUAUGGGGUUCUUCCUCAUAGUUGUAAGAAUUGAGUUAAUAUGUUAAGGAUUUAGAACCAGUGCCUGGCACAUAGCAAGCACUCUAUUAAAUGUUUACUAUUAAUGAUUUCACCUCAACGUAAAUGUUAAUCUCAUUCAUGCGUAUGGUUUGUACUACAAAUAUAUUGUUCUAGCCUAUACUUGAAGCCUUAAAUGGGAUUAUCUAAUUGCUAACUGGCUUUUCCUCCUGAAUGUCCAAUUGAACUCUUCCGUCUAAAAUCUGUUCCUCUUAGCUCAAUAAAUGAUGUUGCCAGUAACCCAUUA